GUGCCAGUGGCUACUGCAAGAGCGAACUCCUCAUUCUUUCUCGCCUUCACAUCAAGCAGAGCCAACUUCAUAUAGCUGAGUCUUUCUGUUGACCAUUUUGACCUCACUCCUGUUCCUCUUUUGUGUAGAAUGGUCAGAAUGAGGGCCCGUCCCGGCAGCCUCAAAGGCAUCAUGGCUAUGCCACAGGAUAUCUGGCUCGAAAUGUUUAGGCUCCUGCGUCCACAAGACUUGCUGCAUCUGGCCCGCACCUCAAAAGCAAUACGCGCCGUCUUGAUGCGUCGACCUCUUUCUGGCAUAUGGAGAAACGCAAGAAAAUGUCUAGCGAUAUCACCGCCUAUCCCUGAGCCUAUGACUGGCGUCUCUGAACCGGCGUGGAUUAGCCUCUUGUUUGAAAAACACUGUCGCUCCUGCCUAGUUAAACAAGUACGUAUUAUUGAUUUCACAUUCUACACCAGACUAUGCUCCAGUUGCAAACAGACAGAGCUCAUGACAGAGCAUGAGAUCGAGAGAACAUACCCUGGGACUGAAGCUUUUUGCUAUCUGUGCCCUCGGAAGACGAUGCCAGGGCCCAGACACCGAAAAGGAGAGAUCACAUUUCGAACAGAAACAAAGCAGCCGCAUUACGUGCUAAGAGACGUAAUAGCAACCGAGAGGCGUUGGCAUGCGUUGAAUGAAGAGGAGAGAGUUUUGUUCGAGCAAGAGAGGUUAAGAUCUCUCACAGAAAUGGAUUCGGAAGUCCGGAUGUGCGAACGAUGGGUCAAGAACAAAGCGGCUUUCCGGGCCGGAGGACGAGAAAAAUUGAGAUUGGAACGAGCUGCUGCGAUUUUCCAAAAAUUGAAUGGCCUCGGUUACGAGCACGAGCUUCAGAGCCUUGGUGAAAGAUUUAACGAACAUCCACAUGUUAAUCGAUCGUCAUCGUUGACGGAGAAGGGUGAGCUGAUGUUACAACUCACUGAAUCGUAUCUGACGUUGAACCGCUACGCAAACCUGGACGAGCAUGUGCGAAGAAAUGAUUCAGUUGAUGGAAGAAACCAGGGCAGCCAACCGCGCCCAAGCCAUCGCCUCCCGGAAGAGCAUCGCAGAAUAUAUCUGGGCCACGAGCAUACGUUCCGAGUCCUCUCUUCCGCAAGCGUAUUCCCCCGCCUUUCCCUCUCUCCAAGAAUUCCUCCGCUUUUCCCUCAUAGAGCAAAUCAUCGACCGCCCAACCAACGUCCAGGUGGACCUCCACACCUUCACUCCCAUCGUUCCCCAGAUCCCUCUGAUGUUCCAAAAGUGGCGCGAAAUCAUGGUGGUUCACGACCACCUUCUCCGGCUCGUAGGCCAUGCCCAUCUCGCGUCGCCGCUCUUCGAAAUCUUCCCCAAGCGCGAUGUCCUGCGCCGAGCCCGCAAUGCUUUCAUAUGCGGGUCGUCAUCUUGCAGUGGGAUCCUUCAUUAUCCUGGAGUGCUGAAACAUGGAUGCAACCUGCAGGCGCCGUCGGACGCUCUUCAUCGUCCACGUUGGAGGCCAGAGCAGCUCUCGAGUCCUCACGAUCCCAGGGUCCUUUUCGACGCCUUUAUCCGGAUGGUGGGCCUGGGUCCUAGUACUGCGACUGUGGAUGAUCUGGACCAGUUGGGCUGUUUUUAUCGAUGCAGAGUUUGUGGCGCUGGUGGCAAGGAUGUUGUUGAUUGGAAACUUUUCAUAUACCAUCUGUAUCGGGAGCAUGGAGCAUUGAGCGUAUCAGAGGUU